AUGUCUGUCUCUCGUCUACUGCAGUUGGGGUCACCCUCUGUGAGAGAUGAGAUACGACAAGAUGUUUAUACAUUCCGUCACCAACAACAUCUACAACGACAAGCACUUUCAAAGCCAACCAUUCCAUUGUCCUGCGGGAAUGAUUACAUUUCAUUGAAAUCCGGGGAUGUCAUUCGGAUUAAGGUUCUAAAGGGAGAAGAUCUAGUGUCGUGUGACCUCAAUGGUUUAUCUGAUCCAUUUGUUAGAAUUUAUGUCAAAGGAUUUUCUGAAGUGCCUCAAACGACGGUGAUUAAAAAGUCAUUGAACGCUUCUUGGAAUCAGGAAUUUGCAUUUUGUGUGACAGAUCCUGAACUGAGUUCAAUAGAUAUCGUUUUCAAAAUGAUGGAUAAGGAUACAUUCUCAGAUGACGAUUUUAUGGGCCAAGCCUCUGUGUUUCUCACCAAGCAAGACUUUCCAGCCAUGAAUACAUUUAAAAAUUUUACGCUCAGCCUCAUGGGUGUCGAUCAUGGGAGUCUUAGUGUGUCAGUUGGAGUUUACAGAGGUGUCAACUAA